AUGACAGGCGACAACACCAUCCACAACAAGAACGAAAACAGUACCGACCACAAGGGCGACAACCAGAAGACCAACAAGAUCGACAACGAGAAGAACAAGAGCAACAACGAGAAGAACAAGAGCAACAACGAAAACAACAACACGUGCGACAACAAAAAGGACGACAACAGCGACAACAAGAACAACAAAACCGACAACAAAGGCGACAACCAGAAGCACCACCAGAGCGACCAUACCCCCGACAACAACAACCUCGACGGCAAGAACAACGAGAACUACAACAAGAGUGACAACGAGAAGACCAACACGUGCGACAACGAGAAGAACAACACGUGCGACAACAAGAACAACAACAGCGACAACAAAGGCAACAACAACGGCAACAACAAAGGCGACUACUACAACACAACCAAAGAAUACGAUGCUUACAACGACCUGAACACUACCGCCGGUCAAGACGCGGUCAAGGACUUCUGGAGUUUCAAACUGCGCCACUAUGGCCUCCUCAAGUUCCGCGUGCACGACGCCUUGAUUGACCGCGCAACUGCCGAAGACUACGUAAAGCUGCUGAAGGACACAGAACGCCCAACAAUCCGACACUAUCGAAUAGAAAAUCCCGAUGGGCAAAAUGCGCAAUAG